AAGGGCGCACGUGAUGUUGCUGACUGCAAGCAGAGGUGCUUGUACUUUGGUGACGUCACCGCAUUUACACGAAUCGGCCCUUGGCCCUGACUGAUAGACGCGACGAGGAACUGAUUGUCAACCGUUUUGCCUAAAGCAGAUGUUCAGCUUGCGUAAGAGAACGGAGAUAAAAAGAUGAUGUACGCAAGCUUCUGCAGACUGCUGGAUUUUUCUAUAUAUCUACAGCCUCUCGUCGAGACUCAAUUGGAAAGCUGCUGGACUCAUUGACUGCCUAAUAAGUACUGUGUUUAGGUACUUGCGCAAUCUACCUGCUUACGACUACUUACGAUCGUGAUCAGCAAUUUCCCCGCAACAGGUCUCCAACUGAGAAAUAAAUCGGCCUGAGUAUGUCUUUAGCUACAGAUCAGAGCAGCCAGCGGCGAGUCUCAAUUGAGAGCCAAGAUGCAGAAUCCUCGAGCUCGACCGUGCAAACCUCGUCCAUACCUGACAGCAACAGCGCGAAGAGCUCAGCGACAACAGCCAGCCUGACUGCGGAGGACGAUGUGCCUCCAUCUGCUGUCCGGUAUGGUCCUGGCGCUGUGAAGUACGAAGGACGACUUCAUGCGCUUGUCUCUGAAGAGGCCAAGUUACUGCAGUUUGAGAGCUGUCCGCGCGAGCGACCCCAUGUUCAUGGUGUACCAAGUGAGACCUUGUGGAUGCUUCUGCGGCGAUUUAGCAAGCAAAUCCAGCACGUGAAGGUGACCAACGAACGCCCACCUGGCGGUCUUGAUCUCAACAUUGCCUCUUAUGAGGAGUACACGGCUCCAGAUAAGCUGCGAAUGACGGUCGAGCGAUUAUACAUGACUGUUAUAAUCGGAAUGCUGGGAGCCGUGAAGCAUAUUGCCAGAAUCAGAUCAUGGAAUGAGACUGUGCGCACGUCGCUGUUUUGUUUGGCGUACACCAUAGCAUGGAUUUAUGAUUGUGUUUUCUCUCUAUUUCUAUGGGUCUCGAUAAUCCUCAUUGUCGUCCCCAAAUCGCGAAGGAUCCUAUUCCCGCCUGCGCCCAUUUCGCUUGUAAACGCGCGAACCGGCACCGCGCAAAAACCUCCAUCGGGCGGAGUAGGCAGCACCGACAGUGCCUCUGGCGGUUCCGAAAACAUGAAGGGCGAGGCGGUUGAGAUCGAGGCUCAUGACUUUGUCUCCAGCAUGGCUGCUGUCGCGGUACGCAGCGCGUUGGGGAGACAGAACAAUACAAACUCGGAGGACAACGAGGGCGCUUCGAAGAGUUUGAAUCCGGCAGAGAAGACGAUGGAUCCGGUUGCGCUGGCGGCAAAGUCGAUGAACGAGGAGCCUACUUAUGUGCAUGGAAAUCAGUCGCCUACCGCAAAGACAGAAAUAAACAAGCCAAUGGAGGACGCGGUGUGGGCGGCGCUGAGACCGAUUAUGCACAUCGUUUCAAAUAUUUCGGAUGGUUGGGAGAGAGUGGGAAAUGCGCUGUCACCUGUUCGACCGUUUGACACAUGGCCUCGAAACAGGUUUGGUUUAUUUCUCGCAGGUUUUGGAUGCAGCUGCCUGUUCAUAACUCCCUACAUGGUCACAAAGGUCAGCUCUUUUGUUUUUGGGUUUGCCAUGUUUGGAGAUCCUAUCAUCCAACGCAUGCUGGCGUACAUGAACGAGACGUUUACUCACUGGCUGGAGGCUAUUGAGCCACGAAACACGGUAUUCUACGGAGUUCCUACAAAUGCGCAACUGUCACUCGUCCUUCUGCGCGAAGCGGAAAAACGUCGCCGCGUACUUCCUGCAUACCUAGAAAUGGACGAACGCGCAGAAAAGUCCGCAGGCGAGAAAGACGCCACGAUUGCCGAAGAAGGCAAGAACCUAGCCGGCUCAGAUGAAGAAGUCGUCAACGCAGUCAAUAACGAAAACGCACCCGAAAGCGUAGCCGCGGAAACGCUCAAGCCUGCGCAGGGAAGCAAGCGGCGGAAAUUCUUGUCCGUGGCGAGGAAAGCGGCCAAGUUCUCGGUCUCGACUAUGAUUGCGGUAGAUCAAGUCCGCGCAAAAGUCGGCCGGAGCGAGACUUCGCGCGCGCGACUCGGCGCGCUGUCUGGAGAAUCCGAUGCGUCGCUGCGGACGCCGGUGAAGAGCAGCGCGCGGUUCAACGGCAAGCGCGGGUACUUCUUUGUUUUUGCGCCCGAGGGAAGGACGCAUGAGCGGGAUGUUUGCUGCGGGUUUGUGUCGGAGAUGCUAUGGCGGAACUCGAGAGAGACGGACGUCGAGUUUGCGUUCUCGAUCUCUGAUAUCGUUGAGCUGAGGAAAGUGGGCGGACUGGGGUGGAAGACUGAGAUGAUUGCAGGGUGGGCACUACAGAGGAGCGUUAAAGAUGGAUUGUCUAUUACGUUGGAUUACGACGGGGUUAAGCGGGAGUAUGUGAUAAAUGCUGUCGAGGACCGGGAUGUGAUUUUCAAUCGGCUGCUCUCAAUGGGGCCGCAGACUUGGGAGGCGUGGUAAACAGAGUGAAUAUACAAUAUAUUAUCCAACA